CACGCGCUCCCGCGUCGGCGUCGUGACGUCACAGAGGCGUGCGUGGGGGCGGGGCCGAGAGGCGGGAGGGCGCCGACGGGGACCCGGAACUGGGGCGGCGAGGGAGGCCUUUGCCGAGAGGCUGCAGCGGGGGCGCUUCGCCGCGGAGACCCGACCGGCCUGGGCCAUGGCGGCGAUGGGGAUGCCGGACGCCAGCUUCUUGUGGGGAGUCUUCCAGAGGGUGGACAAGGACCGCAGCGGCGUCAUCUCGGACAGCGAGCUCCAGCAGGCCCUCUCCAACGGAACAUGGACUCCAUUUAACCCAGCAACGGUCAGAUCUAUCUUAUCUAUGUUUGACCGAGAAAACAAAGGGGGCGUGAACUUCAACGAAUUCACUGGCGUCUGGAAGUACAUCUCCGACUGGCAGAAUGUGUUUCGCACGUAUGAUAGAGACAAUUCUGGAAUGAUUGACAAACAUGAAUUAAAGCAAGCACUAACAGGUUAUCGAUUGUCUGACCAAUUCUACGAUCUCCUCAUUCAGAAGUUUGACAGACAAAGGAGAGGACAAGUGGCGUUCGAUGAUUUUAUUCAGUGUUGCGUUGUCCUGCAGAAAUGGACAGAUGUCUUCAGGCGCUACGAUACUGAUCAGGAUGGCUGGAUUCAAGUGUCUUAUGAACAGUAUCUUUCUAUGGUCUUUAGCGUCGUAUGACUGCAAGUACUGUCUGGAGGACAUGGACUGGAAAUGCCAAUUUCUUUAUAUACUAAAAAAGAGGCUAAUUUAUCAUUCUUAAAAUGAUGUACCAGACUGGGUUAGAAAUAUCCAUUUGCCGAUUACCUUUUUUUAAAAGUUCAGAUUAUGGCCAUAAUAGCGCCAGCUAUAAAAUUUCAGCACUAUCAUGUUAUGUUUUUGAAAAUGUGCAUGAAGUCUCAAUGCCAAACUAAUAGUGCUCAAACUUGCACAAUAUUGCAUGUGCCUUUUUUUAAACAGAGAUUAUUGAAAGAUUCAUCUAGAAGUAUGUCCUGUGUUUGCAGGAAGCAUGUCUUUAAGUGGGGGUGGGGGAAGGUAGUCCAGUGCCCUUCUAACUAGUAUAGGUUGGGUUGUAUUAUGUAUUCUGCCGGGUUCUAUAUCUGUUCGUUUCAGUAAUGCUGUGUAUAUACAAGAACAGGUAUUCCUUUAAAGCUGCCUCCAGUAGGGGGCAGCACAUGCACACUGAGAAAAGGGAACCAUGGUUAGUUCUGGGGCUUUACUGUAUUCAAAGCAAUAGUAUAAAAGGUAGCUGUAGACUACCAGAUGUACUUCUAUUUGGAAUUUUUUGCUUAACGUGACCUAGACAAAUGUAACCGGCCAAAGACGAAGGUGCCGAUUUCCACAAAAGUGGUUUUGAGAUGAGCCAUCUUUAAUUUUCUGUGUUUUAAAAAAAAAACCUGUUAUGCUUUAGUUCCGCAAAACCACAGAGGACAAACAAUAAAGUCUUUAAUAUUCUU